AUAAUUCUGUCAAAGUUAAACAUUAAUUUGUGGCAUCCUGUUAUAUUAAUUUUAAGUCUAUUUUUUUACAUCAUACCUAUAAAUAUCAAAAGUCAUUUUUAAUUCACUGUAAAGAAAAUACUUCAUUCUUUUUAGGUGGGAAAUACGAGAAUCUUGCGAAGAUACCGAUGAAAAUUACAAAUACUAUCUUAAAGGUCUCGUUCACAAUAGCUGCAAAUAUAUUGUAAUGUACCUUUUCAAUGAAAAAGUAUUUUCGUCAUCACUUUCACUACUCACGGAAAGCGGAAUCUUAGGAAUGUAUCUUAUCUACUUUAUGAUAAUCCUUGGACUGCUCCAGGACAUGACUAUAAAAAUUGAUGAAAUUUGGCUUGAAGACAUCGACAAUCCCGAGAAACUUCUAACAAAAUGCUUCGAGGUAUACUUGGCUAGAGAUAUGAAGAAUUUCGAACUAGAACAGGAAUUAGUGGACGAAUUGGUAUUCAUCAUGAGGUCUCCAGAUUUAUGCAUUAGAUUAUCUAGAGAUGAAGAAGACUAACAUUCUUUUAUUAUUC